AUGCUGAGCAAAGUCCCAGAAGAGUCUGAGAAGCUGGUGCGCGAGGUCAGCGACCUCGCAGAGGCCUUCAUCACAAACCUGAAGCGCGGAAAGCUCGCCGCUGCGCGCAGCGGCGAGGAGAGUCUCUCCACGGCGGCCGCGGUGGAGAUGGCAGAUAUAAUGUCGACCAUCGUGCGUCUCUUCCAGAAGGCCGAGAAGGACCCACACAGCACGACGAUACAGCUGCUUAAGGCCGGCUACCCGGCGGCCGAGGUGGCGAGCAUGCAGGUCAGCCGCCUCCUCAUUCUCGUCGCCCGAACCGGCGACGCGAUGUUGCGAGCACAGUUCGCCACGCUCUUCCUCAUGAACGUCACGCGUCGCGUUCUUUCGAUUGUGAGGGAGUCUGCCGCCAACAGCAAGGCCACCGACGCGGAGCUCGAAGAUGAGGCCAAGACAAUGCUGAACGACCUCGCCUCGGACGACGAGGCAGCGGUGGUCGAAACCUCUGCCGACACCAGCUCGAGCUCCAGCAACAGGUGCGGCAUGGACGACUCCGCAGAUCCGGCCAGCCCGUCCCUGUCAGCCAAGGGGAUGAAGCCGGCUCUCAAGAGGGAUACACUCGCCUCUCAACCUCUCCCUCGCCGCGGACUCUCGGUGCGCUUCGCUGGCACCUCCACAAGCUCCGAAGAGGUGAGUGGUGGCCACAUGCGCCCGCUGCAGCAGCACAGCACGUCGGUGGCUAGUGACUUUGGGGGGCCGUUGCUGCAGCACACCGGCUCGAUAGUGGCGACGGAGAUACCAGGCCGGCAGCUGCUGAAGCGCGCGCCGAGCCGCUGUGAGCAAGUGCUGGAGGCGGGCAGUGGGGAGAUCGAGUUCCCGGUGCGCAUGGAGAUCUUUUACCAGGACGCCCUGGACGCCAUCGACGAGUUCAAGCGGGAGCUAGAGGGGAUGACCGAGGAGCUGUGCCGCCGUUCCACGCGGCAGCUGCACUCGUCGGACACGAUCAUCACGCUGGGGUGCAGCCAUACCAUCCGCCGCUACCUGCUGGAAGCUGCUCGAGCGGGGCACCACUUCAAAGUCUUUAUCCUUGAGGGUGCGCCGCUGCCGGCGCAGGCGACGCAGGAGUUUGCGGAGGCGCUGUGCAGCCGUGGCAUCACUGCACAGCUGUUGCCAGAUAGCUCCGCCUACGUGGUCAUGAGCAUGUGCACCAAGGUGCUGGUUGGUGCCGAGAACGUCUUGGCCAACGGCGGCAUGCUCGCAUCGAUCGGCACCCACGUCCUCUGUGCCGCUGCUCGCCACUUCGCUGUUCCCGUGUUGGUGGCCACCACAACGCUGAAGAUGUCCCCGUACUAUCCAAGCGACCAGCUGUGCACGCGGCUGGUGCGCAUUGCACGCUCGGGGGCGCAGGAGAUGCCGUGGUCGACCUAUGGCUCCCCCGAGGACGUGUGGCCCUCGCCGUUUGGCGUCUCCGUCUCCGACAGCGGCCGCCGCCUGACCAUCCACGCCCCCGUCACGGAGUACGUGCCGCCUGAGCUCAUUACGUUGUUUUUAACUAACGACAGCGAGCUGUUGCCCUCGCAGAUCCACCGCAUUGUGCGGGCGAACUACAGCGACGCAGAUUGA